AUGUCAGUUGUAGCCGCCUCCAACUCAAAGAAAUCACGGCCAUCAUCAUCGUUUUCGUUGUUGCCAGACGAGGUUGUUUUGAACUGCUUAUUCCGCGUUCCGAGAUGCUAUGACCUAAACCUCUCUUUGGUCUCCAAAGCCCUCAGGUCGCCAGAACUAUACCGUUUGCGAUCCCAGCUUAAGUCCGUCUACCUCUCUUAUCAUUUAUAUCAUGGCAAUGCCAGGUUGAGACGGCUCACUAGCUACUGGAUCACUUUCCGUCCUGGUGAGAAGACCACCAACUAUCAAUUUGGUCAUUUACGGACGCCUCCAUGCAUGAAAGUGAGUCAGUCGGCAGAUUACAAAGUAGCAGUGGGAGUGGUCGAGGGGAAGAUAUACGUAAUUGGAGGAAGUGAUGAAGAUAGCCAAGUGGAAGUGUUUGAUUCAGAAACGCAAACCUGGGACUUCGAGGAGAAAGCGAAAUUUGAAUCGGAUUUUUGUGUGUCUAUGAAGCAAAAGGUUUAUAUGGUGGGCAGGGAUGGGAGAGUCAGCACGUAUAGUCCGAGAGAAGGUAUAAAAAAUGAAUCAACGGAGAUGCUAACUUAUGUGAAGUUCUUGUGUGUGGUAAAGAAUGUACUCUACGCUUGUUUUCAGUGGAGUGGGUUAAUGUGGUUUAACACAAAGCUCAAGGUUUGGACAAGAGUGGUUGAUCGUGAUGGCAAGGAUGGGAAGUUAGAACUGUAUUCGUUUGCUGCUCAAAAAAUGGAGGAAUACGAGGGAAAUAUUGCGCCUUUUUGGCCACUAGCUAACACUGAUCGCACGAAGAAUGAUCUUAUCUGUAAACUGAUCGCAUUGGAUAAGGUAGGAGAAAAUAUUCGUGGGAGGAUUGAGUGGUCUGGUAUUGCCGCCGCAUAA